AUAGAUAUGCGAGUGGGAAGCAACAGGUACAGAGAGAAUGGUGAUGGCGGCUCCCGCCGUGGAAGGUGCCGCGGCGACGGCCCUGCGAGCGGUGUUGCGCCGUGUCGGAGACGCUGCGAUGAGAUCCGGCCGCAACGCCGACGAUGUUAGGGUUGUGGCGGUGAGCAAAACUAAGCCUGUUUCUCUCGUCCGCCAAGUAUACGAUGCCGGUCAUCGUUGUUUCGGAGAGAAUUACGUUCAGGAGAUUGUCGAAAAGGCACCUCAGCUUCCUCAGGAAAUUGAGUGGCAUUUUGUUGGGCACUUGCAGAGCAAUAAAGUGAAAUCACUUUUAGCUGCAGUCCCUAAUCUUGCAAUGGUCGAGGGUGUAGACAAUGAGAAGGUUGCAAAUCAUCUUGAUCGUGGGGUCUCAGCCAUUGGAAGAAAACCUUUGAAAGUUUUGCUCCAAGUUAAUACAAGUGGAGAAGUAUCAAAAUCUGGUGUUGAUCCAUCAGCUUGUGUAGACCUUGUAAAGCAUGUUCAGCUGGGUUGCCCAAACCUUGAGUUCUCUGGCUUAAUGACAAUAGGGAUGCCGGACUAUUCAUCAACUCCGGAGAAUUUUAUGAAACUGAGGAGCUGUAGAGCUGAGGUCUGCAGAGCCCUUGGAAUCCCAGAGAACCAAUGCGAGCUGUCAAUGGGCAUGUCUGGUGACUUUGAGCAAGCAAUUGAGAUGGGAAGUACCAACGUGAGAGUUGGCUCGACCAUAUUUGGACCAAGAGCGUAUCCAAAUAAGAAACAGUAAAUGUUCUUCCAUUACUUCUACCCGAUUAAAACUUCAAGAAGUAUCUAUAGUUUUUCCUUUUUUAAGAUGGCUUUUAACCGUUCUACUCAAAAACUAUGUAAUUCUUUAAAACUAAUUAGUGUUUAAGUUGAUAAUAUAUUUGGAUAAAUAUGUUUUAAGUUGUCA